AUGUCUUCCGCUACCACCUUCUACGACUUCACGCCCAAGAACAAGACGGGCAAACCAUAUCCUCUCACCGACCUAAAAGGCAAGGUCGUGCUCGUCGUCAACACCGCCAGCAAAUGCGGCUUCACACCUCAAUUCGAGGGCCUUGAGAAGCUCUACAAAGAACUCAAACCUUCCCACCCCGACUUCGAAAUCCUCGGCUUUCCCUGCAACCAAUUCGCCGCCCAAGACCCGGGCAGCAACGAAGAGAUCCAGGAAUUCUGCCAACUCAACUACGGCGUCUCCUUCCCCAUUCUCGGCAAAACCGACGUCAACGGCUCUAACGUUGAGCCCGUGUGGGAAUGGAUGAAGACGAGCAAACCAGGUCUCAUGGGUCUGACGAGGAUCAAGUGGAACUUUGAGAAGUUUCUGAUUGGGAGGGAUGGCAAGGUCGUGCAGAGGUGGGCGAGUACAAGUACACCUGCAGGUCUGAAGGGUGCGAUCGAAGGGGAGUUGAAGAAGGCUAAGCCUACAGGCACGAAGCCGGAGGCGCCCACGCCGACCACGAAAUAG